GAAACUUCAGCCUAUUGAUAUUGUUUCAAGACCUGUACAGACAGAUACCUCCUACCCAUCCCCAUAACGUAACAAUGUCAAGAGAAACAUGUAAAAUGUCCCCAGGCAAAAUUCGACCAGCAGAUGAAUAUUCUCAUGGCCAUAUAUUUAACUGUUCUUGGAUUAAAAAAAGGUUCUAUCCUGUCCAAGUAGUUAAACAAAUAAUUGUGCCCAGCUAUUCUGAGAAGUCCCUGUUUAAUGGGUUAAUUAGGCGGAAAAAGGUCGGAGACCACAGGCCAUCACGUGACUACUGGUCGAGUAUAAUACACUGACGUCAUAAUAUCUACCUACUGGACCGGUUCUUCUACCUUCAGGCAAAGGCAUCUGUCCAAAACGUGCAGCGAAAGAGCGCACACACGGGGACUAAUUGCAUCGGGUGACUCGCGGCCACGUUACAGCAGCUAUGUCGGCUUUGGGUACACAUAGCUAUUCAGUAUUUGGGAAGAAGGGCUAGAAGCAGGGAAGACUGCAGGGCUUCCACAGACGUUAGGGACGCAGUUCGCUGUUCAGGAGAAGUCACACUCAGUGAAAAUGCUGCUGUUCUGGGUAAUGAGUCUGUUGACCCUGAUACCGGCCCACGCCUGUCCGUCCGAGUGUCUGUGUGUCAUAGCGGUCGGUGGCGUUCCCACAGUGCAUUGCGACCGACCCACGUUGGAACAUAUCCCACAAGGCAUCCCGAACAACACGAUGACGUUUCAGAUGAAAGGUACUCGGCUUGUAUCUGUGAGACAGGGAGACCUGUCAGGACUGCCCCUCCUCCGUACCCUGUACCUGUAUGAUAACCAGGUCCAGACCAUACAAGUCGGAGCCUUCGACAACAAUCCAGAUCUCGAGGUUCUCGCAGUCUAUAACAACAAGAUUUCGGAAGUUUCUCCGGGAGUUUUCAGGGGCCUGAACAGCCUGAGAGAAUUAGACAUGAGGGCGAACAAGAUCACGUCCAUACCAGCUGGAGUGUUCAACGGGCUGCCUAGUCUUUGGGUCGUGCGACUUUACGAGAACACGAUCAACACCAUGGCAGUGGGCGCCUUCUCCAACCUGUCCAGCGUGGAGUUCUUCAACUUUGCAGCGAACAGAUUAACCAGGGUUGUGAACGGAACGUUCGGCAGUCCACAGGGAGCGACUUCGCUGUCGUUACAUGAAAAUAACAUUUCGAUCAUAGAGCCGGGAGCUUUGUCAAGUUUCGUGAGCCUGACCAGUCUUUAUAUCUACAGCAACCGCAUCUCUACUCUACAAGGCGUGUUUGAAGGUCUGCGUGAGGUGACUGAGGUGUCCGCGAUCCCAGAGUUCCAUUGCAUCUCCCCGCCGGCCCUGGAGGGACGUGUGGUGCGCGACCUGGCGACCAAUCAGCUGAACUGCAGCUGUGGGGCGGAGGAAAUACCCCGGAUUGACACUGGAGGAAGCACGACUGAGGUGCCGAUUGGAGAAAGGGCGCUUCUGCGAUGCAAGGUCAAUGCCUGCCCAGACGCUGCAGUACUGUGGACAGCCGCUAGAGGGCUCUUUCUCACCUCCCAGUCCGAAUUCCCGGACAUGUACGUCCAGGCGGACGGCACGCUCGUGAUCCCGGUCGUCACUCCCGGAGACGCGGGUCGCUACACCUGCAUGGCGGUGAACGCCUUUGGGACAGCCGAGGCCGGGGUGGUUCUCAACGUUACCGCGAGGCAACCGCUGACCACACCGCCGACUGGACAAGCCGUGGGCAUCCACACAACCGACCGCUUUAUCAGUAUUUUUACCACAGUCCUUAUGUUUUUGAUCGCAUUUAUGAAAUAAUCGAUAGACUUUAUAAGUGUAGGAUCGAGUAUUUCCAAUGGCAGUCAAUGGUAGAAGAAAGUCAUAAUGAGAGUAAUAGUGGUCUUGACCUAUGAACAGCCAACAUACAUAUGCAUAAAUAU